CUUCACUUGUUGCAAACGACCUUCAUUCACCUUUCCCCUCCGAAACUGUACUCCCUGCACACACCUGCUCCCGACCUCCACCCACUGCGUGUGUGUGUUUGCUGUAUCGGUCGGUCCCCUCGCAACGAUCUACAAAAGCUACAAUACCCAGUACAGGAAGCUCGGAGAGAGAGCUUUCACCAACCACAAAAAAUGGCGAUUAAACCAAUCACAGGAAUGCUCCGACGAGGUCUCGUCUUGGACCUGAGUAUUGCGAUGGGUAAGCGAACCUUGUGACCUGCUCCCUACUAUGUGUCUCGACGACGAAAAAGAACCCGAAGAAGAGAAUGGAACAAGGAUAUGGUGCGCCAGCGAAAGUGCGAAGACAACAAACACAAACGACAGCCCAUACUUCGAUUCGAGGAACUGGCGGGACCUUGCGGAAGAGGAGAGAGAGCCACACACACACAGAGAGAGAGAAAGAGAAUUUGAAGCUGACAAGUUUGCGGUAUUUCAGGUCUAGGAACGACGUUUGGUUAUCUAUGGUGGUACGGCUACCACCUGCCCCGCGUCCGAGCCCGAGACAACUUUUACGCCAAACUGGAAGACGAGAGAGCGAGAGAGGCCGGUUUCAAAUAACCGUGUCGCACCCAACGGUCGUGAUGGUGGUUUGUUGAGGAGGGGGGAGAGAGAAGUGGUGCUUGUGCUGGUCUGUUUUAACAAUACAAUACCAAACCAAAUGAGACGGCCAGGAGUUACCUUAGUUAUCGGGCUACCGACCUCGAAGUCUGUACAUAUUGAAUCAAUCACAAAGUUGUAAAAGGAGA